CGAAAAAUUACUGUUUAAUGUAACGAUUAAAGACGAUUUCGGCGAAUGUAUGGAUAGUGACGACGAAAAACCGUUAAAAAAAUUUGCAACAAGCAGUUUAGCCACUUUUGAGGGUGACAGUGAAACGACAUCAUUCCAUGAACCUGAAAAAAAAUCAGAGAGCCAUGAAGAUCUUCUAGCUAUAUUUGAAAUGUUUUUCACAGAUCAAGUAUUACAACAAAUAGUGAAAUGCACGAAUUAUUAUAUUGAAAAAUCGAAUAAAAAAUAUAAAAAUUCAUCGGGAUUAACAAAUAUAAAUGAAAUAAGGGCACUUUUAGGUGUGCUAAUUCUCACUGCAGCGAUGAAUGAAAAUCAUUUUACUCCUGAAGAUAUUUUUACUUCCGAGAUUCGUGGACCACAGUAUAUGUCGUGCAUGAGUCAUCAAAGAUUUUCGUUUCUACUGCAAAAUUUACGAUUCGACGACAGUGACGCCGACGCAGAAGAAACUGAAUCAGAUCCUUUUACGCCGAUGAGUAAUAUAUGGAUUUCACUUAUAACGCAAUGUCGCAGCAACUAUGUAUGUGGAAGGAAUGUCACCAUUGACGAGAUUUUCGUACCAUUUAGAGGAAACUGUAGUUUUAAAAUGUUUCUUCCCGACAAUGAAAAAAAAUACGGCAUCAAAAUUAUGACCAUGUGCGACAGUUCUAGUUAUUAUAUGAUAGAUGCAAUGCCUUAUCUCGGAAAAUACACUAAAACUGACGGUUGCUCCCUGUCUGAGUUUUACGUGAGACAGCUCACAAAAACCAUUCAUGGUACUAAUGCGAAUGUUACGAUCAAGACUUUGAAACCCUCAAUUUAUCUCGCAGAACAAAUGUUGAAGGAUCCAUACAAGCUAACAAUGAUAGGACCACUUAAAGCAAGCAGUAAAGAUUUGCCUAGGGUAUUGACACGCAACACGAAUCACGAAAUCGGGACACCUAUAUUUUCUUCCGUCGGUGCAGUUACAUUAAUGUCGUAUAAUAUAAGUUCCACAAAAAAGCUAUUUCUUUUAUCGUCCGGGGACGAAAAGGAUUCCAUUGAUACUUCAACAGAUGUACCUUGCAUGUUGGAAAAAUACAAUUCUACAAAAAAUUCAGUAAUGGCAUUUGACCAAAUGUGUUCGGAUAUGACAUGCAAGAGAAAGACUAAUAAUUGGACUAUUAGCCUAUUUUAUAAUUUGAUUAAUAUGGUAACUGUGAAUUGUUACAUUUUGUACUGUCAGAACAGUAGAAAUAUGAACCGCAAGCCCAUGCAGCGGAGGGUUUUCAUGAAUAAAUUGCACUCAGACCUUGCCAACCCCUGGAGAAAAGUACGUUUUGGUUUCAGUAAUAUGCCUCGUUCAGUUAGAGAUGAUAUUGAAGCUGUUUUGAAUAAACAAAACAUAUCGUGUCCUUCCAUCCAGUCAGUUGCCAAAGCAAAAAGUGUUAUACCCGAAGGGAGCGCUAAAUCAACCAGAAGAAUAUGUUCCAUGUGUCAUUACAAAAAAAGAAGGAAUACUAAAAAAGUUUGCAAAAAAUGUAAUGCGCAUAUCUGUGGCGAACACACCAUACAUUUUUGUAUUACGUGUGCCCAUCAAAUUUUUCCUAUGUAAUGUUUUACAAUUACAAUUAACUUUGCACGCUUUCGUAGAUUCUUUCACAUAAUAAUUCA